GGCGGGGCAGGGGGCGUGGCUUCCGCCUGAGGGCUUUUGUUCAGUUCUGAGGCGAAGAAGGAAGAGGAAGGAAGCCAAGGAGGAAGCGGAAGCGGAAACGGAAGAAGAAGAAGGCUAAGGGCCAUGUCGUACAUUCCAGGCCAGCCGGUCACCGCUGUGGUGCAAAGGGUGGAGAUCCACAAGCUGCGCCAAGGGGAGAACCUCAUCCUGGGCUUCAGCAUCGGGGGCGGCAUCGACCAGGACCCCUCCCAGAACCCCUUUUCCGAGGACAAGACCGACAAGGGCAUUUACGUGACACGCGUGACGGAGGGGGGCCCGGCGGAGGUGGCGGGGCUCCAGGUGGGAGACAAGAUCAUGCAGAGCAUGCAGGCGCCGCCGAGAGGGGAGUCUCCCUGUGUUUUGGGCAUCGACUUGGGCACGACCUCGGUCAAGGCCGUCUUGAUGGAAGAGGCACAAUCGGGGCCAGCGGUCAUCGCAAGCGCCACCGAAGCCACUGGGGCCGCCAUCCAGAGCCAGGAGGCUUCCGGGCCCAAGAGGGGUGAGCAGGACGUGGUCCGGAUCGUGUCCGCGCUGGACGCCUGCCUGGGGAGGCUCCCUCCGCUAGCGCUGCAGCGCGUCACCCGCCUCGGCCUCUCCGGCCAGAUGCACGGGAUCGUCUUCUGGACGUCAGGACGAGGGUGCACGUGGGCGGAGCGCGGCGGCAGUUGGCGCUUGGAGCCCGACGCCGUCAGCCCUUUGGUCACCUGGCAAGACGGGCGCUGCACCGGCCACUUCCUGUCCUCCCUCCCGAAACCACGUUCACACCUCGGCGUGGCCACGGGAUACGGGUGCGCCACCGUCUAUUGGUACUUGGCCAACAGCCCCGAUUUCCUGAAGCCUUACGACACGGCCGGGACCGUCCACGACUAUGUGGUGACCAUGUUGUGCGGACGGGAAAAACCUCGGAUGACCACCCAGAACGCGGCCAGUUGGGGCUAUUUCAGCACCGCCAGCCAGAGCUGGAACACCGACAUCCUCCGGGAGUCCGGCUUCCCCGUCCGGUUGCUUCCGGAAGUGGUCCAGCCGGGCGAGAUUGCGGGGAGGACGGCCCACGUGUGGCACGGGGUGCCUGAGGGGACCGAAGUGGGCGCCGCGUUGGGGGAUUUCCAGUGUUCGGUGCGCUCUUGCAUGACCCAAGACACCGAUGCCGUUCUCAACAUCGGCACUUCCGCUCAGCUCACGGUCGCCAUGCCUUCCGGGUUCUGCCCUGGGGAUGCUCCGGACCCGCUCUCUCCGGUGUCCUACUAUCCGUAUUUUGACAACCGCUACUUGGCGGUGGCGGCCUCCUUGAACGGCGGGAACGCGGUGGCCACGUUUGUGGACAUGCUCCUGAGAUGGAUGGCCGACCUGGGGAUCCAAGGCUCCGAACCGGAGAUCUACCGGCGGAUGAUCGAGGCGGCGCUGGCCCAAGCCGACACAGGCCUCUGCAUCAGCCCCACCGUCUUCGGGGAGCGUCACUGCCCCGAGCGGCUGGCCUCGGCCACGGGGAUCGCGGCCUCCGACCUCUCCCUGGGCCACGUGGUCCGGGCCUUGUGCCGCGGCGUGGUCCAGAACCUGCACACCAUGCUGCCCGCGGAGAGGCUGAAGCAGGCCGGGGCCCAGCGCAUCCUGGCCGGGGGGAACGGGAUCUGCAAGAACGAGGUCCUGCGGCAGGAAGUGGAGAAGGCCUACCCCUUCCCGGUCGUCUACGGAAGGGACGUGGAUGCCGCCGUGGGGGCCGCCCUGGCCCUGCGGCACAGGAAGUGACGAUUCUGGUGGUUCUACGAUGGGGUUGUUGUUGUUGUUGGAGGACCUAGAACACUCCUAGAGAGGAUACCUCUAGUCCUCCAUCACAAUUCUACCAUGGAUACCAUAGUUUUGGUGUUGGAGGACCUAGAACUGGCUAACUCCUGCCUCCAACUCCCAGAAGCCUGAGGAUGUCUGAUCUAGGACACUCUCUAGUCCUCCAUCACAAUUCUACCAUGGAUACCAUAGUUUUGGUGUUGGAGGACCUAGAACUGGCUAACUCCUGCCUCCAACUCCCAGAAGCCUGAGGAUGUCUGAUCUAGGACACUCUCUAGUCCUCCAUCACAAUUCUACCAUGGAUACCAUAGUUUUGGUGUUGGAGGACCUAGAACCAGCGAAGCCCUGCCUCCAACUCCCAGAAGCCUGAGGAUGUCUGAUCUAGAACACUCCUAGAGAGGAUACCUCUAGUCCUCCAUCACAAUUCUACCAUGGAUACCAUAGUUUUGGUGUUGGAGGACCUAGAACUGGCUAACUCCUGCCUCCAACUCCCAGAAGCCUGAGGAUGUCUGAUCUAGGACACUCUCUAGUCCUCCAUCACAAUUCUACCAUGGAUGUCAUAGUUUUGGUGUUGGAGGACCUAGAACCGGCUAACUCCUGCCUCCAACUCCCAGAAACCCGAGGAUGCCUGAUCUAGAACACUCCUAGAGAGGAUACCUCUAGUCCUCCAUCACGAUUCUACCAUGGAUACCAUAGUUUUGGUGUUGGAGGACCUAGAACUGGCUAACUCCUGCCUCCAACUCCCAGAAGCCUGAGGAUGUCUGAUCUAGGACACUCUCUAGUCCUCCAUCACAAUUCUACCAUGGAUACCAUAGUUUUGGUGUUGGAGGACCUAGAACCAGCGAAGCCCUGCCUCCAACUCCCAGAAGCCUGAGGAUGUCUGAUCUAGAACACUCCUAGAGAGGAUACCUCUAGUCCUCCAUCACAAUUCUACCAUGGAUACCAUAGUUUUGGUGUUGGAGGACCUAGAACUGGCUAACUCCUGCCUCCAACUCCCAGAAGCCUGAGGAUGUCUGAUCUAGGACACUCUCUAGUCCUCCAUCACAAUUCUACCAUGGAUGUCAUAGUUUUGGUGUUGGAGGACCUAGAACCGGCUAACUCCUGCCUCCAACUCCCAGAAACCCGAGGAUGCCUGAUCUAGAACACUCCUAGAGAGGAUACCUCUAGUCCUCCAUCACGAUUCUACCAUGGAUACCAUAGUUUUGGUGUUGGAGGACCUAGAACUGGCUAACUCCUGCCUCCAACUCCCAGAAGCCUGAGGAUGUCUGAUCUAGGACACUCUCUAGUCCUCCAUCACAAUUCUACCAUGGAUGUCAUAGUUUUGGUGUUGGAGGACCUAGAACCGGCUAACUCCUGCCUCCAACUCCCAGAAACCCGAGGAUGCCUGAUCUAGAACACUCCUAGAGAGGAUACCUCUAGUCCUCCAUCACGAUUCUACCAUGGAUACCAUAGUUUUGGUGUUGGAGGACCUAGAACCCGCUAACUCCUGCCUCCAACUCCCAGAAGCCUGAGGAUGUCUGAUCUAGGACACUCUCUAGUCCUCCAUCACAAUUCUACCAUGGAUGUCAUAGUUUUGGUGUUGGAGGACCUAGAACCAGCGAAGCCCUGCCUCCAACUCCCGAAAGCCUGAGGAUGCCUGAUCUAGAACACUCCUAGAGAGGAUACCUGUAGUCCUCCAUCACGAUUCUACCAUGGAUACCAUAGUUUUGGUGUUGGAGGACCUAGAACCCGCUAACUCCUGCCUCCAAUUGUGAUGAAUUGUGAUGGAGGACAAGAGGUAUCCUCUCUAGGGAUGUUCUAGGUUCUUUCUAGGACUUGAAGGCUAUAUUUUGAGGAUGCAUGACCUAGAGAAGAUACCUUGAGUUCUCCAUCACGAUUCUACCAAUGGUCAUCGGAGCUUCCAAACCACCACCAACAUCACUACCACCAACAACAACAACAACAGCAUAUCAUCGGAGCCUCCAAACCAUCAUCAUCAACAACAAUAAGUUAUCAUCAGAGCCUCCAAACCACCACCAACAACAUGAUAUCAUUGGAGCCUCCAAACCAUAAUCAUCAACAAUAAUAACUUAUCAGAGCCUCCGAACCAACAACAACAAUAAUAUAUAAUCGGAGCCUCCUAACCCACAGCAACAACAACAGGAUAUCAUCGGAGCCUCCAAACCAUCAUCAUCAACAACAAUAACUUAUCAUCAGAACCUCCAAACCACCACCAACAACAACAACAACAGUAAUAUAUCAUCGAAGUCUCCAAACCCACAACAACAACAACAACAACAUGAUAUCAUCGAAGUCUUCAAACCCACAACAACAACAACAUGAUAUCAUUGGAGCCUCCAAACCACCAACAACAACAACAAUAACUUACCAUCAGAGCUUCCAAACCACCACCACCACCAACAACAACAACAAUAAUAUAUCAUUGAAGCCUCCAAACCCACAACAACAACAACAUCAACAACAACAUGAUAUCAUUGGAGCCUCCAAACCACCACCACCAACAACAAUAAUAAUAAUAUUAUCAAAGUCUCCAAACCCACAACAACAACAUCAACAACAUCAUGAUAUCAUUGGAGCUUCCAAACCCACAACAACAACAACAACAUGAUAUCAUCGAAGUCUCCAAACCCACAACAACAACAACAUGAUAUCAUCAGAGCCUCCAAACCAUCACCACCACCAACAGCAAUAAUAAUAAUAAUAUUAUCAUUGAAGUCUCCAAACCCACAACAACAACAAUAACUUAUCAUCAGAACCUCCAAACCACCACCACCACCACCAACAACAACAACAACAACAACAACAACAAUAAUAUUAUCAUCGAAGUCUCCAAACCCACAACAACAACAUCAACAACGACAUGAUAUCAUUGGAGCCUCCAAACCACCACCAACAACAACAAUAAUAAUAAUAAUAAUAUUAUCAAAGUCUCCAAA